AUACAGGUACAACAUAUGUCUGUGCUGAUCACAUGCACGGAAAGAUACAGGUACAACAUAUGUCUAUGCUGAUACGUGCAACCUCUGCAUUGCUCUCUGGGCAUGACCAAGCUCCACAUGCUUGCAGUGGUGAUGUGGAUCUGAUCAGCUUGCAUUUCAAAUGCCAAUCUCAGUGUUAUGGGUUUUGCAAUUUUCAGGUCCCAUGUCAACACAUGGGCCUGAUAUGGCCUCUCCUGCUUCUCAGUCCUUGUGACCACUAAAAUGGCAGCUAGCAGAGUUACAUUUGAAUGGCUGUGAACAGACCGUUUGUAGCGGGAUUAUUUCAGUCUGGGCUAUGCUGGCUAAACCGAGUUCUCAUCCUAAUUAGUACCAGCCACUUCCACCUUCCCAGGUGUGCAAAGUCUCAUGGCCCCAAGCUGGUCCCUCUUGCUCUGCUUUUGGAAAGGCUGAGAACUGGGAAAGGUUGGGAGUAAAUUACAGGGUUUGUUUGGUUUUGUUUCACUAAUAUCUUCAUGUGGACAGAAAUACUAUCAGGCAUGCUUUCACAACUUCUGCUCAUGGGAGAAGGGAGAUGGCCCCCUUUUCUUUACAUAUCUCCAAGCUCCAGGGAGAUGUCCACAUCGCUAAGUGGUUCCCAGAAAAACUAAAGCCCUUGAGAUUUCGGCUCAUGGUGGGAAAGUUCCUGGCCUUUUUCCUGACUCAUGCUUUACUCGGGCAAUCUGCCAGGCGAGACUACGGGCAAGAAGGAAGUGGGAUUCCUUUAGCUGAGAAGGGAGAGGGUCCAGAGCUGCCUUAAACCCUAGUGACAGCCAUUCUCCUCUGCUCCUGUGACCCGCCCAGCCCACAUUUGAAAAGCAGCUACCGCAUGUUGCUCCAUGUGUGCCGCCCAUUCUUCGGCGCCGUUAACCUUCCAUUAUGCGAGUUACACACGUGGCCCUCUCGUUUCUGCUGGAUCGCGCUGUCCUGAACCUCCGCAGCCUUUCUCAUCGUAAUCACCUGAUUCCUGCAGGCUAUAAGCUCCCUGUGGCCCAGGGCUGUUUGUUUCGGGGCUGUACCAUCGGAUCCUGAGGCAUGGUAAGAAGCGCCCGGAAACUUAGAACAAACUGCGCGAGGAAAGCAGAUGUAGCGGAAUGGGUGUGGUUCCUUAGGCUGUUCCUACCUGGAAAGCCACACACAACCACUGCUAGGUCUCUCCCUGGGUGUGGCGAGAAGGACCUAGAAGGAGGUGGCAAAGAACACACUUCGUCACUCAGCGGAUGCUGAGGGCCAGGCGCAGUUGCCAGGCAACGAUUGAGCACAAACGCCCGGAGGGACGCAGAAACCCCACAAGCUGAUGCUUGAGGCCUGGGCUCCCUAGGCAGAGGGACCGGCCAAGACUAAACAAUGGACCCGGGCAAUACGAAAGAAAAAGCGGAAAAGGGGGAAGAGGAGGAGUGGGGAGUGGAAGAUGGGGAAGAGGAGGAGGAAAUCACUGCCUCCACUCUGCGGGGCAAGCCCCGAUCUCUGCCCAUCUCAGCGGUGCCAGCUUUCAGCUACAUCCCGCCGCGGCACCAGGAACCCAAGGAGCUCAGCUACUUCAGCCGCGAGAGCCAGACAGGGGUCAUCUCCCUCUACGACUGUGUUUUUAAGAGGAGACUAGAUUAUAACCAGAAAUUACAUCGAGAUGAUAGAGAACAUGCCAAAAACCUGGGACUUCAUAUUAAUGAGGAGGAACAGGAAAGGACCGUGCCGGUGCUGAUGUCCUCUGUGUAUGGGAAACGUAUCAAUCAGCCCAUCGAGCCCCUGAACAGAGACUACGGCCGUGUGAACCACGUGCAGACUGACUUCUACAGGAAGAACGACAUCCCCAGCAUCAAGGAGCCUGGCUUUGGGCAUAUCACUCCAGCCUGAAGCCGUCUUGUGGUUUAUAGGGCACGUUGAGGCGCGCUGGCCAGGGAGUGCCCUCCACCCUCACUUUUAUAUCCAUGUUCUCUGCAGCUGCAGGGAUGCACUCUGACCACGGUGGGGGUGGGGAAGCACAUGACUAUCUAAGGGGGCAUGGGCGCUGAACUUGGCCGAGUACUUUCCCUCAUGCUCAAAAGCUCAGUGUAAGGACUGUCACUGGGUUUAUUUAAAAUGACAUCAUACCAGUUCAUUCUGAACACCUGAAUAAAAGGAAAGCUUGCCUCCCUUUGGUAGCAGCUGUGUU